AUGAUCAAUUGUUAUCGAAUCUCAAUAUCACUUGAAUUGUUUGUACAAAUCGCUGAUUCGGCCAAACAAUUCAAGGCCACAUCAGAAAUUGCAUCCAUCUUGACACUCAACGCACCAGAAGGGCUUGGUAAAGUAUCUCAAACUUAUCUUUCAUUUUUCAUUCAAAAAUUUCAGCAUCCGGUCUUUGGAGUUUUGCAAAGACCGAUUCGUCAACCGAUUCGUCAACCAAUUCAUCUGGUUGAGGAACAAAGAAAUGAAGAAAGAUGUAAAAUUUUAAGACCUAGUUCAAGAUUGGUUAGAGAAGCUAAAUUUCAAAUGCCAUCUUGGUCUUGA